GUUAGGGCCCCUCCCUGCCCUGCGGGGUGGCCGCUCCUGGGACGACCCCCGGGAGGAGGAGGAGAAGCCUGGGGACACCGGCCAGAGAUAGACAGAUUGAAUGGCCUAGCAGGGCCUACAGCCACUGGGAAAGAACUACACAUGCGUGCACCCCUUCGCACCUCCCAGCACUGGACAGGCGAUGUUCGUCCCCAGGGCUGUCUCCAAGAGCCUGGGGCUGCCUCGCAAGGACGCAUCUCUUCACUGGAUGUCAGCUACCAAGUUCCUGAGUCAGUGUGAAGCCAGUGCAGAUGACUACCUGGUUGUUGGGGUCCCAGUCAACGCUGGCAAAUAUACCUACCAGGCAGUGAAGUCAGAGCAAGGCAGGCCCACAGGACACACUGGGUUUGGAAGAGGAAAGGAAAGGCAGAGUUGCAUCACUUCAAGGGACAGAGGGACUUCUGCAGAGGCCAAGGAAGCCGCUUUGGCAGCCCAGGGGACCCUGUGGAGAGCAGAUGAGCUGGCGGGCGCGGUGGCGAUCCUGAAGAUGCCUCUGAGCUUCGCGAUGGGACUGCACCAUGCUCACCUGCAGCCUUCGCUCGCCUUCCUGUGGCUCUGUCUUUCUCCUUCCGUGCAGAACUGCUCUGCAUUACGCGUGUGCCUAUGGCCACAGGGAAGUGGUCCAUCUGUUACUCGACUACGAAUGCACCAUCAGUGUCUUCGAUAACGAGCAGUGCACUCCACUUAUCAAGGCCAGCCAGCGGGAGUUUCAUUUGUGUGUCGAUACCCUGCUUACACAUGGAGCUGAUCCGAACGACGCAGACAUGUACGGGAACACCGCGCUGCAUUACGCAGCUCUGAAUGAUGACUUAGAACUGGCAGAUCUACUGCUUGCCUACGAUGCAAAUAUCGAGGCAAAAACAAAGGAAGGCUUCACGCCAUACCUCCUUGCUCUACAGGAAAACAAAGAUUUUAUAGCAGAAUUUUUGGAACACAUGGGCGCAGAUAUACAUGCGGAGGAGCUGCUGGAUAGGAAACACCGUAAAAUGCACCGCAGGAGGAUAUGUAAGCAUACAGUGCGACGUCGAGAAGCAGCUCGCAGUACUUCUCCGAGCUUCUAUCGCAGGGCGACCAACAGAGGUGCUCGUGAUUCUGAAACUGAAAGAGACGAGCAAGACAAUGACUUCAAUGCCCAGGUUGAACGAGUGAGGAAGAAAUGCUUACUUAAGGAACUGACAGGCUCAGAGAAGUUACAUCGUAGAGCCGCAGCUACUGUUUCUGCUGCUGCCGACCCUGCUGCCCCUGGUUCUGGUAGCGCAGCUCCUGCCUCCUCUGCCGCUGCUGCUGAUGGCACUGAUCCUCCUGUUCCUGCUACUCCUGCCCCUCCUGCUUCUCCUGCCCCAACUUCUACUCCUGCCACUACUAUCCCUGAUGUUGACCCAUUCGAUUCUCCUGCUCCUUCUGCUUGUGAUACUCUGGAUGGUUCUGAUGCUCCGGAUGCACCUCAUAUUCCUGAUGGUACCGAUACUCUGCAUGGUCCUGAUUCUCCAGAUGGUCCUGAUUCUCUGGAUGUUCCCAAUCCUCUGCAUGAUCCUGAUACUCCCACUGACCUUUCUGCUCCUGCUGAUCAUGCUCCCCUUUCUUCUCCUAUAUAUCUGCACCUGCUCUUCCUCCUCGUCUUGCUUGUCUUCUUCCACCUGCCCCUGCCAUUCCUCAUGCCUCUGUUGUUCCUGCUGCUCCUAGUGAUGCUUUGUCCUUACCGUCCUCAUGCUCCCCUUGCCUCAUCUGCACCGGACACUGCUGAUGGUCCGGACACUUAUGAUGGUCCAGAUACUCCUGAUGGUGCAGACACUCCUGAUGAUCCAAACACUACUGAUGGUCCGAAUAUCACUGAUGGUAAUGAUAGUCCCAAUGGUCCAGACAAUUCUGAUCGUCCAGCUAAUGCUGAUGGUCCAGACACUCCAGAUGGUCCGUACAUUCCUGAUGGCUUGGACACUUCGGAUGGUCCAGUAUUUCCCGAUGGUUCAAAAUAUCCUGAUGUUCCAGACACAGCUCAUGGUCCAUAUACUUCUGAUGCUCCAGAUAGUACCAAUGUUUCAGAAUAUCCUGAUGGUCUGGUCACUCAUCAUGGUCCAGUAACUUCCAAUGCUUCAGAUAACCCUGAUCUUCCAGUCACUCCUGAUGGUCUGGACGCUUGUGAUUGUCCAGAUACUAUUAAUGAUUCAGACAAUACGCAUGGUCUGGUCACUCCUGCUGGUCCAGACACUCCUGAUGAUCUACACACUCCUGGUGGACAGGAUAGUCCUGAUAGUUCAGAUGAUCCCGAUGGUCCUAACACCUGUGAUGUUCCAGUUACUCAUGAUGGUCCGGAUAACCAUGAUGAUCCGGACACUUUGGAUGGUCCAGAUAAUACCGUUGUAUUAGAUAAUCCUGUUGGUCCAGACACUCCUGAUGUUUCGGACACUUCUGAUGGUCUGGAUAAGCCUGAUGGUCCAGAUAAUCCCGAUGGUCCAGACACUCGCGAUGGUCCAGACACUCCUCACAGUAUGGACACUUGUGAUGAUCCUGAUACUUCUGCUGUUCCCGAUACUUCUGAGGCUUCCACUACUUCUGUUGGUUUUGAAAUUUCUAAUGGUUCCAGUACAUCUGAGAAUCCCCGUGUUUCUGAUGGUCCCGAUGCUCAGGAUGGUCCUGAUUCACCUGCACCUCCUGCUGCCCUUCUUGAUCCUGCUAUUACUGUGGAUGCUGAUGUUCCUGCCCCUCGUUCUGUUCCUGCCGAUGGUCCCGCAUCUCCUAAGGCUGCUGACUAUGAUGAUGAAGAACAUGCUCUAAAAGCUGUGAAAGACGUUCCAACUAAGGAGAAAAAUGAUAAAAAUGAAAGUGCUUGUCCUUUGGAGAAAGGAACCAAACAUGAAAUUACAAAAAGUCCAUUGAAAGAAUUGGUGAGAAUACCAACACCUAAGACAUCUACUGCAGAAAUGGACACACCGAAGGGAGUGAGCGGUCAUCUCGUGUCAGAUUCCACCAUCAGAAUGGAACGUAAUAAUCAAGCAUUUUCAUACAAAUGCCUAAUGAAUGGAGCCCCCUGCCCUCUGGCAGAAGAAAAGAAAAGUGAAAAUAGCAAAUUCACUACAAGCGAAUCCGUGUCUGCAUCAACCAGCGCGGGGUCUCCUUUUGAAAUGGGGACUGUGCCCGAACCGCAAGUUGACGGUAGUCACGUGUCCGGUGAUCUACACCGAACUGGGAGAAGAAAUGAAAGAGCCUAUCCUUUGGAGAAAGGAAAUAAAAGUGCAAUUACAAAAAGUCAAUUGAGAGAAUUGGUGAGAAUACCAACACGUGAGACAUCCAAUUCAGAAAUGGACUCUCCUUACAGUCCUGACACUUCUGGUGUCCCAGAUACUCUUGAUGGUCCGGACACCCACAAUGGUCUGGACACUUGUGAUGGUCCAGAUACUACCACUCUUUCAGAUCAUCCUGAUGGUCCGUACACCUCUGAUGGUACAGACACUUCUUAUGGUCCACAUAAUCCUGAUGGUCCAGACAUUCCUGAGGGUCCGGACACUCCUGAUGGUGCGGAUAUUCCUGUUGGUUCAGAUAAUCCUCAUGAUCCGGACACUCCCGAUGGUCCAGACAUUCCUUUCAGUCUGGGCACUUCUGAUGAUACUGACACCUCUGAUGUUCCUGAUACCUCUGAGGGUCCCAUUACUCCUGUUGGUCCCAUAAAUUCUGAUGGUUGCAGUACUUCUGAGAAUCCCCGAGUUUCUCAUGGUCCCAAUGCUCAGGAUGGUCCAGAAUCUCCUGCUCCUCUUGCUGCCCUUCUGGAUCGUGCUAUUUCUGAGGAAGCUGAGGUUCCUGCCCCUCUUUCUGUUCCUGCCGAUGGUCCGGCAUCUCCUAAUGCUGCUGACUAUGAUGAUGAAGAACAUGCUCUACAAGUUGUAGAAGUCGUUCCCACUAAGGAGAAAAAUGAUAAAAAUGAAAGUGCCUGUCCUUUAGAGAAAGUAAACAAACAUGAUAUUACAAAAAGUCCAUUGAACGAAUUGGUGAGAACAUCAACACCUAAGACAUCUACUGCAGAAAUGGACACAUUGAUGGAAGUGAACGUUCAUCGCUUGUCAGGUGAAGUCCAGCACACAGGGAGCAGGCUUAAUGAUGGAGCUAGGGAAUCAAGCCAAGACGGCACGCUUUGUGAACAAGAGUCCACUGUCAGAUUGGAACGUAAUGAUCAAGCUUUUUCAUACAAAUGCCAGAGAAAUGAAAGAGCCUAUCCUUUGGAGAAAGGAAAUAAAAGUGCACUUACAAAAAGUCAAUGGAGAGAAUUGGUGAGAAUACCAACACGUGAGACAUCCGCUUCAGAAAUGGACUCUCCUUACGGUCCUGACACUUCUGGUGUCCCAGAUACUCUUGAUGGUCCGGACACCCACGAUGGUCUGGACACAUGUGAUGGUCCAGAAACUACCACUCCUUCAGAUCAUCCUGAUGGUCCUGACACCCCUGAUUGUACAGACAUUUCUGAUGGUCCACAUAAUCCUGAUGGUCCAGAUAUUCCUGAUGGUGCGGACACUCCUGAUGGUCUGGAUAUUCCUGUUGGUUCAGAUAAUCCUCAUGAUCCGGACACUCCCGAUGGUCCAGACACUCCUUACAGUCUGGGCACUUCUGAUGAUCCAGAUCCCUCUGAUGUUCCUGAUGCUUCUGAGGGGCCCAGUACUCCUGUUGGUCCCAUAACUUCUGAUGGUUGCAGUACUUCUGAGAAUCCCCGAGUUUCUCAUGGUCCCAAUACUCAGGAUGGUCCUGAGUCUCCUGCUCCUCUUGCUGCCCUUCUGGAUCCUGCUAUUUCUGCGGAAGCUGAUGUUCCUGCCCCUCUUUCUGUUCCUGCCGAUGGUCCCGCAUCUCCUAAUGCUGCUGACUAUGAUGAUGAAGAACAUGCUCUACAAGUUGUUAAAGUCGUUCCCACUAAGGAGAAAAAUGAUAAAAAUGAAAGUGCCUGUCCUUUGGAGAAAGUAAACAAACGUGAAAUUACAAAACGUCCAUUUAACGAAUUGGUGAGAACAUCAACACCUAAGACAUCUACUGCAAAAAUGGACACAUUGGUGGAAGUGAACGGUCGUCGCGUGUCAGGUGAAGUGCAGCACACAGGGAGCAGGCUUAAUGAUGGAGAGUCCACUGUCAGAUUGGAACGUAAUGAUCAAGCAUUUUCAUAUAAAUGCCUAAGAAAUGAAAGAGCCUAUCCUUUGGAGAAAGAAAAUAAAAGUGCAAUUACAAAAAGUCAAUUGAGAGAAUUGGUGAGAAUACCAACACGUGAGACAUCCACUUCAGAAAUGGACUCUCCUUACGGUCCUGACUCUUCUGGUGGUCCAGAUCCUCUUGAGGGUCUGGACACCCAUGAUGGUCUGGACACUUGUGAUGGUCCAGAUACGACCACUGUUUCAGAUAAUGCUGAUAGUCCGGACAGCCCUGAUGGUACAGACACUUCUGAUGGUCCACAUAAUCCUGAUGGUCCAGACAUUCCUGAUGGUCCAGACACUCCUGAUGGUGCGGAUAUUCCUGUUGGUUCAGAUAAUCCUCAUGAUCCGGACACUCCCGAUGGUCCAGACACUCCUUACAGUCUGGGCACUUCUGAUGAUCCUGAUCCCUCUGAUGUUCCUGAUACUUCUGAGGGGCCCAGUACUCCUGUUGGUCCCAUAACUUCUGAUGGUUGCAGUACUUCUGAGAGUCCCCGUGUUUCUCAUGGUCCCAAUGCUCAGGAUGGUCCUGAAUCUCCUGCUCCUCUUGCUGCCCUUCUGGAUCGUGCUAUUUCUGAGGAAGCUGAGGUUCCUGCCCCUCUUUCUGUUCCUGCUGAUGGUCCCCCAUCUCCUAAUGCUGCUGACUAUGAUGAUGAAGAACAUGCUCUACAAGUUGCUAAAGUCGUUCCCGCUAAGGAGAAAAAUGAUAAAAAUGAAAGUGCCUGUCCUUUGGAGAAAGUAAACAAACGUGAAAUUACAAAAAGUCCAUUGAACGAAUUGGUGAGAACAUCAACACCUAAGACAUCUACUGCAGAAAUGGACACAUUGAUGGAAGUGAACGUUCAUCGCUUGUCAGAGUCAACUGUCAGAUUGGAACGUAAUGAUCAAGCAUUUUCAUACAAAUGCCUCAGAAAUGAAAGAGCCUAUCCUUUGGAGAAAGGAAAUAAAAGUGCAAUUACAAAACGUCAAUUGAGAGAAUUGGUGAGAAUACCAACACGUGAGACAUCCACUUCAGAAAUGGACUCUCCUUACACUCCUGACUCUUCUGGUGGUCCAGAUCCUCUUGAUGGUCUGGACACGCAUGAUGGUCUGGACACUUGUGAUGGUCCAGAUACGACCACUGUUUCAGAUAAUCUUGAUGGUCCUGACAGCCCUGAUGGUACAGACACUUCUGAUGGUCCACAUAAUCCUGAUGGUCCAGACAUUCCUGAUGGACCAGACACUACUGAUGGUGCGGAUAUUCCUGUUGGUUCAGAUAAUCCUCAUGAUCCGGACACUCCAGAUGGUCCAGACACUCCUUACAGUCUGGGCACUUCUGAUGAUCCUGAUCCCUCUGAUGUUCCUGAUACUUCUGAGGGGCCCAGUACUCCUGUUGGUCCCAUAACUUCUGAUGGUUGCAGUACUUCUGAGAGUCCCCGAGUUUCUCAUGGUCCCAAUGCUCAGGAUGGUCCUGAAUCUCCUGCUCCUCUUGCUGCCCUUCUGGAUCCUGCUAUUUCUGCGGAAGCUGAUGUUCCUGCCCCUCUUUCUGUUCCUGCCGAUGGCCCCGCAUCUCCUAAUGCUGCUGACUAUGAUGAUGAAGAACAUGCUCUACAAGUUGCUAAAGUCGUUCACACUAAGGAGAAAAAUGAUAAAAAUGAAAGUGCCUGUCCUUUGGAGAAAGUAAACAAACGUGAAAUUACAAAAAGUCCAUUGAAAAAAUUGGUGAGGCCAUCAACACCUAAGACAUCUACUGCAGAAAUGGACAAAUUGAUGGAAGUGAACGGUCAUCCCUUGUCAGAGUCCACUAUCAGAUUGGAACGUAAUGAUCAUGCAUUUCCUUACAAAUAUCUAAGAAAGGAAAGAGCCUAUCCAUUGGGAAAAGGAAAUAAAAGUGCAAUUACAAAAAGUCAAUUGAGAGAAUUGGUGAGCAUACCAACACCUGAGACAUCCACUGCAGGAAUGGACUCAAUGAUGGAAAUCAACAGUCUUUCCGCAUCAGAUUCCACCGUCGGAAUGGAAAACAAGUAUAAAGUAGUUCCAUACAAAAGGCUAAAGGAAGUCAAUAAUAGUGAAAAUGAUAUAACUGUAAUAGGAAAUGAAGAAAUGGAAAAACAUAAAGGUUUCUUGCACUUAAAUUGGAAACUAGGAACAGCACAUAAGAAACACAUUAAAAGGAGUGAGCCCCCCUGCCCUCUGGCAGAAGAAAAGAAAAGUGAAAACAGUAAGUUCACUACAAGGGAAUCCGUGUCUGCAUCAACCAGUGAAAGGUCUCCUGUUGAAACGGACACUGCGCAGCAAGCGCAAGUUGACGGCAGUCACGUGCCUGGUGACCUACACCACACCGGGAGAAGGGCUGCCGAGAAUACAUCUACCGAACUCCACAAGGUGGGCGAGAGAGUUGAUAGAAGGAGCAGACGAUUUCACUCAUUCAGCAUAAACAACUUCAGACGCCUUAUCUUCUUCAGGUCCUUUGAGGUCCUCUGAAGACUUUCAUGUUCAAUUCGGAACUCAAGUCAUAAUCUCCAGCAUUUAAGAAGAACAAAAUACAUCCAUGCAUCUUACGGAAAAUCUUACUAAUAUUAAAC